GCGAUUCCAAGUGGUCGGACGGCGAGGGCUCUCUGGUUUCUGUGAUUAUUUUCAAGUGUUCUCAAUUCCAAACGAUUCAUUUUAGCAUACAAAACGUAUAAAUGUUGUCAGUGUAUAAAAUAUAAAAGUUUACAACAGCGCAAACGAAUGUUUUUUCUCGUUCAUCUUCGCACAAAGUCCCCAGCGAGUGAAAUUGACAACAACUGGUCACCACACAGAAAAAUUUCUGCUUCUUCAAAAUCUUAUUGACUGAUUUUUGGGAACCAGUCACCGAAAUCUUCCAUCAUUCCGUCAUCAACCGAGAGCCGACCCGUAGGGUGGCAGUCUUUUGAUAAGGGUUGUAUCUGCGAUAGACUGGUAGGCCAGUCUGUUGGUGGACCACUGACCGGUAACGGCAAUUGGAAAUUAAGCUUGAACGCAGAGCCCCCGUGGCUUUGCUAGCACCCCCUCACCUUCUACGAUAUUCUUGUAACCCGCCUCCUGACGACACGUCUAUCUCUCAUUGACAGCUGCCUCUUUGCUGCCUAGCACCUACGGAGACCUAAAUUAAUCGUCAAGCUCCCCUGUUAAUCAAUCAGUCAAAAAUCAUGAAGGUCACUAACUUGGAUGAACGCAUUCACGUUCUGGACAGCUCUGCAAACGUGAUGACCGUUAUUAGAGACAUUGGCAAUAGCGGCGUACAAGAAGAAGCCUUCUAUGUAUUGGACAUUGGAGACAUUGUUCGGAAGCAUCAAAUUUGGAAGGAACAAUUACCCCGAGUGGAUCCAUAUUAUGCUGUAAAAUGCAAUGACAGUCUCACAGUUCUUGAAGUACUUGCUGCACUUGGUGUCGGAUUUGAUUGUGCAUCAAAGUCUGAAAUUAACAAAGUCUUGGGAAUCGGAGUGGAUUCAUCUCGUAUUAUCUUUGCUAAUCCGGCUAAACCCGCAUCGCAUAUUCGCCAUGCAGCAGCAAUGGGUGUUGAUACUAUGACUGUUGACAAUGAAAGUGAACUGCACAAAAUCAAACAGCUUCAUCCAGUAGCUAAGAUCGUUAUUCGUAUUCGCUGUGAUGCUGAACUUGCUCAAUGCCAGCUGGGCAUGAAAUUUGGCUGUGAUCCUACUCACGAAGCUCCAAACCUCUUGCACCUUGCUCGAAUGUUGGAGCUUGAUGUUGUGGGGAUAAGCUUCCACGUUGGAUCUGGCUGUCAGGAUCCUCCAGUUUUUCAGCGAGCAAUUCGCCAUGCAAGGAUUCUGUUCAACCUGGCAAUUGAUCUUGGUUUCAAACCAUACUUACUUGAUCUUGGAGGUGGAUAUCCAGGAGUCAAAGGAUCUUCCAUUGACAAAAUUGCUGAAGUCAUCAAUGAAGCGCUAGCAGAAUGCUUUCCCACUGAAGACGUCCAUAUUAUCGCUGAACCUGGUCGCUUCUAUGUUGCCUCUGCAUUUACUCUGGCAACGAGCAUUCACAGCAAACGUGCUGUACGCAAAGAUCCGACAUCACCAAAUACCGUUACUCAUGUCAUGUACUACAUCAAUGACGGCGUUUAUGGUUCCUUCAACUGUCUCCUGUACGAUCACCAGCAGGUCAUUCCUCUUCCGCUCAAGAAUGGAUGCGGCAAAAUGAUACAGUCAAGCAUUUGGGGUCCUACUUGUGAUGGUCUCGAUCAAGUCGUUGAAAAUGUUCUACUGCAUGAUAUGGACCUCGGAGAAUGGAUCAUUUUCGAGAAUAUGGGCGCAUACACGUUGCCUGUCGCUUCUCCUUUCAAUGGAUUCCCUGUACCUAAAGUCCAUGUUGUUGCAGAUGAAGGCGUUUGGCUUAUGCUUAAAGAUGCUUUCCCUCUGACUGAGGAUCACUUUGUGAUUGGAAACACACCGAGUAACCUACGUCUUGGCUUAGAUAUCGGGGGUACUAAUAUAGAUGGGUGGACCGACCCAAGUAUCGACAUGGCCGCAUCUGAAAUCUUAGCUGGCUCGUCUGAUCCUACGGCAUCGUUCUUGUAUGACUACGUUGAGAAAAUGGUUCGAGGCAGGAUGCUGGAUCUUUGAGGUGCAAUGGGCGCGAGAUUACCCCAAGUAAAGCAUCAUUCAGUAAUGUUAUUUAUAAAAAAUGAUUUUCUAACAAAUUAACAGUUCAAAUAUUGCCAAAAUACCUGUUACGCAACACGGAUUGGUACCUCGGAAUAUUAAUAUCCGGCGGAUCAACCGUUACCUUGAUAUAACCGUGUUUGAAUUCGCUAUAUAAUUGUGGAUUUUAUUGUUGAAUUUCAUUACUCCGUGAAAACUAAUAUUUUGGUGCUAAUCACUUGAGACAAUAGUAAAUUUUUAAAUUGAUUUCAUUUGAGUCUAACCCCAAAUUCGUUCAUUUCAUUUGAGCUGAUCUUGAGCAAUCUGCCUCGUAACCUAUUAUUAAUCGAUAAUAUAAAGGUGUUAGCAAGAAUUUAAUCGUAAGUGUCUGACAUAUUUCAGGCUUAAUUGUAAACUGGAGAAGCUUCGUAUCGAGACGUCUCCAUUUGUUGUGUGUCAUGUUUAGAAGUAUAUACAUAUACGUAAUUCUGAAUUUGCCUUCAUGAGCACAGGAUGACAAAUUUCAAUUACUUCAUUGCAAGUCUCUCAUUUACAGACACAUCUCUUGUCACAUGAUCUGAAAAUAGUGCUGCAGCGCUAAUCUUUGUGAACGGAUUAGAAUCCUGGUAUCAUUGACAAAUAGGAACAAAUACAACUAGUAUAAUUUAUUCACCACUUACUCCAACCAUAAAUGUCAAUGAGCUUUGGACUCAUUACAAAGAAUUCAGUGAUUAAUGCAAUUAACUAAAGUUUUACUAAGUAUAGAAAACUAGUUCACCAGUUGUAUGAAAAAUCUUUAUCAGCUCCAUGUCUUAAGUUUAAAGAUACAAUUUUCAUUUGAUUCUUUUUUCUCUCAGUAUAUUGAGAAUCGAAUAACUUCGAACUGAUCACAGCUGAAGUAUUUUACCCGGUAUGAGCUACAGCAAUUUUAUCGUUAACAUGAUUAAGAAAAAAAAACAAUACAUUCGAUGUUCUUGAUGUGAACGUAAUCAAUUACAUUUAUAGGUAUGUGUAUACAAAAAAAAAAAUUUCAAUUUUUCAUUGCACUUACAAUUUUUAACAUUGCUUAGAGAUGUGCUCUUUUUUUUAUUUUGCUUUUUGUAUUGUUUUUAUUUAUUAACUUUUUCUUCUUUUCUCCUAAUAUUUUGCGCGUACUUUCAGCGAUUCUGCAUCUUGCAGUGAGUUAUAUUUGAACGAAGGCUUGUAAGAUGCGGGACUGUUGUUGUAUUGCUAUAAUAUUGAACACAUUUUUUUCCACUGUAGUCUCUUUUGCCGUGAAAGGGUUUUCGUAUAAAUCAGUCGCAUUAUUUUAUGAAAAAAUUAAUUGUGCACAGCAAAAGCGAGGUAGUGACUUUAGAGUGUUGAAGCGAAAAAAUAUAAUAAUUGAAAAAAAAAAAAAAAUGAUAUAAAAAUAAAGUAAACAAAAAAAAAUAAUAAUAAAUAAGAAUCAGCGAAACAAAACAGAGGGGCAAAAUAAUUAAUAAUUAACGGGGAAUCAUUGUAUACAAUCGCUGCUUAUAUUAUAUAUAGUGGCUUAUUUACGGAAAAAUAUUCUCUGUAGGAGAGCUAGGUACUUCGAAGCAUUGAGGCAGCUGUCACAGAAAGCAAAAGAUAAUUAAGUUUUAAUUAAUUAUUAUCCUAAUUGUAUUAUAUCUCAUAUAUAUUAUUAUUAUUUACACAAUAUUGGAUGCAUACAAGCAGUUUAGAUCAAUAAAAUUACUUUGAAUGGACCAAA